AUGAGUGACAUGGACCACGAGGGUCUUUCCACCAGUAUUCUCGAGUUGACGUCCAAGUCUCAAGCUUUGCUGUCGAGAUUGAUACCGCUGAGAAGAAUCAUAGGCACCGAUACGUACAGCUUUGAGCAGGAUUUGUAUCGGCUUGACGAUGCAUCGCGCCGUAUCGGCUCGCUGGAUUUGAGUGCAACGUGGGCGUUCCCGAAUAUUCGCGAAGGCUCCUCUGGUAGCUUGGAAUCAGUUGGCCAGGUUCUUUCGCAAUGCCUUCAGCCUCUUUCCAAAUUACAGGAUUCUGUUGAUGAGGUCCUUCGUCGGACCAGUUUGGACCGAAUCCGAGCUGCAACGCAACCUGAAUCGAAGGAAGCUUUCAUCGAAUUCGUCGAUAAUGCGUUCUUUGAGCUUUCUGUCGACACAAACAAGGUCGCUCUCCUAGCGCAAUCCCUUGAGUCUAAGUUGGAUCCAAGGUAUGGCAAGGUUGGUUCCUCCUCCUUGUCACAUCCAAGGCUCGACAGGAUUGCUGGGUUGUAUCAGGUGAGUAUACAUGACCUGGCAUCCCCUACAAGGAGCAGUCCGAUGAGUGAGGACAUAUUCCCUCAUGACAUCAUCUGCUUGAGAGCGCAAGUCAUACCAGAAAUCAUGACUGAACAUGUCCUCGAUGUGGAAUUUAAAUGUCAUUGCGAGAAUGCCGACCACACUCAAUCGUUGAAGUUUAAACUGCGUUCCUACCGAGGUCUUCCAAUUCAAGAGGUCAGAAAAGGCCUGUACGGGGUUUGGCACAUGAUUGCGAUUGAUUCCCGCAGUCACUUCGUAUCAGUCCGCCUCACUCUCGACCAGAGGAGUUACCAAGAAACUUACUUGUGUGCCCAACGUCGCAAAGACUACGCCGCUGUUCACGAGCUGUGGAGUCGACUGGCUCGUGCUCAUCUUGGACUAGGUAACAACAUGGAACGGACCUCCACUACUGCUGGGUAUCUUCGAGCUUCUCCCGACAGCAUAUCUGUUCUAAGUACACGAGCCGUUAAGUUUAUGUUGGGAACGAAGUCAUUCGAUUUGCCGUGGAAGCCGGUAUAUCUACAGCUUCUACACUAUCGCUCCAACGCCUUCAAGAAGUCAAUUGACGCAGAUUUUGGCUCUAGUUGUCACUCAUCAUUCACUGCAGAGAGCUAUUUCCUCAUUUUCGUCAGUGACAGCCUAUCAUUCUUUGACCGGAUCAAUCCAGCCUCCCAGAGCUACACAGUCAAAGUAGUCAAACUUUCACAGAACGGCCUUCAAGUCACUCUUGAAGAUGUGGAAUGUUCCGAGGACGGUUCACAGAAGGCGAUUCAGUGCACAGAGGUGAUGUUUAGGUUCAGGCAGAAGGAGGUUCUCAGAGGCUCCUCCGCAGUCAAGGCUACGGAGGUCCUUGUGCAGACGCCAGUGCAGAUGAACAAAGCUAACGAAUUCCGCAUCUUAUUAUCUCGCAGACGAUCCCGCAGCAGUUUUCUCUCUCUUCAGCAAACAUUCUGGCAUCUACAAUAUGAUGAUAUAGGGCGUUCUCCGAUGACGCGCAUGGAGUGGAACGAUCUAUUAGAUUCCAACAAGGAGAAGCACACAUUGCGGACUCUAUUGAAAGCCCCAGACCACAUACAAGCAGGAAUAGCCGCCGCAAGGCAGGGUCUCGCGUCUUCGUCAAGGUGGUUUCGAGACUGGGAAGCCGUCGAAAAUGUCCUACGGACACCAAAGAGCUUGUCCGAGAACAAUGACCAGUACAAGCCUAUCCGUAUAGCCGUGAUAGACACCGGUGUUGAUCCAAGUCGGAACCUAGUUUGCAAAGAUUUUGUCCAAACGGGUAACCACAACUCCAACCAGCGUAUCAAUCCAGAGACGUCACAACAUGGUACGCAGUCUGUGGAUCUCAUCUACAAGAUGUACGACAAGGCCGAGAUAGUGGUCGCAAGGGUGUUUGAAAACGACCAGGCGGAUGAGAAGAAGGAGCCGUACUUGAUGGCCGAGGCCAUCAAGUGGACCAUCAAAGAGAAAGUCGACAUCAUCAGCAUCUCAGCCGGCUUCGCUACCUGCCCGAAGCCCCUUAGAACCGCCGUCCACGCCGCACAUGCCGCCAACAUACUUAUAUUCGCUGCAGCUUCCAACUGGGGCAACACGAACUCAGUCCCCUUUCCAGCUCGCAUCAAGGAUCACGCCUUUUGCAUAUUUGCUACAACUGGUGCUCUGGAAAUUGUCCCGGAGAUCAACCCUGAGCCACGCCGGGCAGCCGACAACUUUGCCUUGCUUGGACAACAUAUCAACCUACCACCCCAUCCUGAACCCGUGAGUGGGACAUCCGCCGCGACUGCGCUUGCAGCAGGGAUGGCGGCGCGAAUACUCGACUUUGUGCGGCACGCUGAGAGUGAAAACGUGAUCGAUGAGGCAUGGAUGGUUCAGUCAAAGGCGGGAAUGACGGCUAUCUUCAGGAGUCUGGUCAGGAAGAGUACAGGAUACGACUGUUCAGCCGAGACUCUUGCUGCCUCCAGGCCCUGA